UGUUGUGAAACCUGGCAACCCUGGUUAUAAGCGCCCGCAGCGGGCACAGCAGCCUUCAGCGCGCGGUUUACGAGGAGAACGUCGUGUCAGAGCUCCACGACAUGGCCCUGAGGACGUUAGUUUGGAAACUGCAGCGCGGGAGGCAGAAACGAGCGCGGGAACCCGCGAGUGCGAUUUAAACCCCCUUUCAAAAAAAGUUUAGCUGACACGCGCGUGACGUCAGAUGUAACGGUCAACGCUUCCCGUUCGCUCGCUGUCAGUGUGCGUGUGUUUCACUGUUUGUUUGUUUGUUUGUUCUUAAUCGUUAAAAAUCGAAGGGAAGUGUCGGUUGGCAUGGGGGCCAAACAGAGCAGUCCCGCUGCCAACGGCCGCACGCGAGCGUACUCGGGCUCGGAUCUCCCGUCGAGUAACGGCAGGACGGCGGUUAUGGCGAUGCGUUAUCACGCGCACGGCGCCUCGGGUGCUACAUCUUCAUCGUCGUCUUCGUCAACGACGACGACCGCGCACUAUACCGGCUCCAGGACGCGUUCCGGUGGCCUGGGCGCGCGACCCCAGUCGAGCAUCACUAUACCGAGCUCGGGAGCGUACAGUCCUCAGGAGUCCGGUAACAGCACACCGGAGGAGACCGAGCGGUCCACCGGCGCUCCGAGACUCGUGAUCGGAUCUUUACCUGCUCACCUGUCGCCUCAUCUCUUCGGAGGUUUCAAGUGCCCCGUCUGCUCCAAGUUUAUCUCUUCGGAUGAAAUGGACCUUCAUCUGGUCAUGUGCUUGACCAAACCUCGAGUGACGUACAACGAGGACGUCCUGGCGAAGGACACAGGAGAAUGUGCAAUAUGUCUGGAGGAGCUGGUGCAGGGAGACACCAUCGCACGCCUGCCCUGCCUCUGCAUCUAUCACAAAGGCUGUAUUGACGAGUGGUUUGAAGUGAACCGAUCGUGUCCUGAACAUCCUUCAGAUUAGCAGCGCCUCUCUCACCUUUGCACAGCCUCCUGGUCGUGAGAAGCACCACAAUGUGAAUUCUCUUCCUUCUCGUAGACUCUGUGACUUUGGUCUCUUCUCGUAGCAAGGCCCUACAUAGUCGCCAUAUAUAAACCCUAGUGUGCCAAAACUCAUUCAGGGAAACGCUUUCCUCAUCACAGUCCAUCGGAAACCCCAACAGUUGUGGAGAGUUUCUCCUCCGUCACACAGAUGUCCAAUCAGGAUCUAGCAGGAGUUCACUUCAUUGGCUGUCUCUGAUUGGCCGGACUCAGGGUCAGCUGACUGUGUGGAUUAUAUAUCGGACGACCGGGUUGAUCGUUCUCUGUUCAAUGGGACUGUCUCUCUUAGUGCCUUAAUUUUCAGAUUCCAAGAGCCGACGCGACGGCUGCAUUUGGGAUGUUCUUCAGAGGAAGGGCUCCAUGGACUCGGAGAAAUACGCCUGGAUGUGAUGGGACAUGAGCCCUGAUUCGGGUCGCCCCUGAACUCUACUGAGCCAUUAUUUCUCUCUGUCUCUCGCUACGCGAAUGGUGAAAUAUCCCGUGCAUCUCGAGUCUCGGAUAAAGAUUCACAUGACGUCUGCACCGUCUCAAGAUCAUUUUUGCAUCACGUUUUAUUUGUUGAGAUAAAUCUGGGCCUCAAUUCAACACACCACUGACUUCUGUCUCUCUAUGUAGAGUGAAUCUCAUCAAAACAUGUCAAAAUCAGAAGAAACAAAUCCAAAAUUAUAUUUUACAUGAAGAAAAUGAAUUUUAAUAAAAUGCAAUUUAUUUUUA